GACGGCCCCUUGAGGGACCGAGGUUCUCACUCUGAGCCUGUCUUCCUCUGCUCCGGGAAGGACCCGAAGCCUAACCCCGCGUCCUCCUCCUCCUUCGCUGUCCUUGGCCUCAAAGUUCGGGCUCCAGCCGGACAGGCAGGGUCCGCCCAGGGGCCGAGCGCUCCGUGCUCUAGGGACCGGGCAGUGGCAGACGGGAGACAGACCCUUGCACUGAAUGGGUUGGUGCCUCUGUCCGAGUGGGCCUGGGACUGUUUUGCCCCUGGAGUUCCUUUUGGGCUCUCUGGAGGUGCAGAUGUGCUCCCCUUCAUUGGUGGGGCCGGAGACCCCGAACCCACUCCCGAAGCACCAGGUCCGAGCAGACGGCCGCCGCUCUUCCCGGCCCCACCUCCUGGCACCGCCCGCCCCUCCAGGCCUGGAGUGAAGGCGGAGCUCGCCCAUCCCGCGGGCAGUGGCAACUCCUCACGUGGCCACGAGAUGGCGCUCCAAGCCAGGGGCCGGGCAGCGGCCGGAUAG